AAUCUUUACAAUAUAUAUCAAAAAGAAGAAAAGGAUCAUUGGCCAAGUUUAUGCCACGAAAAAAAGGAAGAUCUUUUUAAUUAAUUAAAUCAAACUCCUCCUUCCUAAAGAUAUGUACCUUUCUUCAUUAUCGCGAAAUCAUCGAAUCAAACCGAAAUUUUAUACAGCUAUAAAAAUAAAAUUGAAAUUAUUAUUGACCAAAAAAAGUAAUGGAAAUUCGCGAAUGUUAAUUCAUUUGUUAUGGUUUUUAUCGCACAUUCAAUUUAUUAUAUGCCAAGAUGACAGCACCCAUGUUAAGACAGAUGAUAAUAAUAAAAUGGAUGACACGAUUUAUUAUACCGCCGGUUGUCCUGACGUAAACAUACAUUAUUCCUCUGCAAAGGAAAUGCAGACAAAUAACACAGGUAUAGUCAAGUUUCCGAUUAAUUACGAUGUAUACGGCUUGAACAAACCUUACAAAUGUAGAUGGAAUUUUUACACGAAUUCCCUUAUAAAUUCUAGUUAUUCCGAUAAUUUUAGUGAUUUCAGCGAUGAUGUGAGAGUCAGGAUAGUAUUUCUCAAAUUCAGGACUGAUCAACGUUGCACUACGGUGAGAAACAUAGAUCAAGAGGGAGGCACAUUCUCACCUGAUAAUCUCAGAGACGCUUUUAAUAUAUCUACUUGUAGCAUGCUCCCUUUUUACACCAAAAAAUAUUCCUUACCUUCCGUCAACAGGAUCCUAGUCUCCGAUAUGUAUUCCUCUUCUGACUUGGGAGAAAAAGAAGGCCGUCCUAGCGUUUUGAGUAAUAUGGGUUGCGUAUGUGGGACUAAAGAUGGCGCCGCUCAUGGGACCCAUUGGUAUAUAUCGUCUGCAACUCGUACCGGAAGUAGUAAAAUUUCAAAAGGGUUGAGUGUCGAGUUAUCGGUGCCUCGUCCACAGUUUGGAAUAUCUUUCGCGGUUAUGUAUGAGUUCCUCGUCGAUAUGGAAGAAUGUGGAGGACGAGUACCCUUAGAUGGAGACGAUUUGUCUGUAGCUAUAGGAGGCUUUAUAAAAUCACCUAAUUAUCCUUCGCCCAUACCAGCUGGAUUGAUUUGCGUAUGGACUAUAUCUCUACCAAACUCUACGUCAUUCCUCGAAAGGUAUGGGGGGUCAUCUAUUCAGGAUUGGAGGAUCUUGCUUAAUUUUACUAAUGAAAAAAGUGCGCUUUUAAACAUAAAUGACGCCAAUUAUGACGACGCUAAAUUACUUGUUAUAAAUGGUGUGAGUGGCUCUUCUAUAUCCCCCUUCCCUUUGAUGUCCGCGGCUCGGAAUAUCAAAGGAACAUCCCUGCUUCUGGAAUCGGAAACUAAUAUCUUGACUAUCAAAUUGAUUACCCUACUUGAAACCGACGAUGAAGAUGACAUCGGUGAUAAUAAAAAAACCUUAACCUUACCAUUUAAAAUUAGGUGGAGUCCGUUUCUGAAGUACGAAGGAGAUAACAAGAGCGGUGAAAUGAUUAACCAGAAAACAUGCGGCAAAUGGAGUUUCGAAUGCUCUUCUUUCAAGAAUGAUACCAUUCCUCAACGCGAUCUAAAAACCUUAGCAAAUGCUAACGUUACUUCUUCUUUCAUUCAUUCACCCCUUUAUUGCGUGCCCUAUAAACUCUUGUGCAAUGAUUUCAUUGAAUGUCCGAACAAUAUGGUGGACGAGGAUGAGCGUUCAUGUGAUACAAAACUUAAAAUCAUGAGUAUACAUGAUGAUGUUGGCGAAAAGACGCAAUCUGGCGAAGUAGUGGCAUGGCCUCACAUGACAAUCAUUAGGAAAGAAAUCACUUCUAAGGAACCCAAAGAUGAAACCUAUUACCCUCUACUCAACUUAGGCAUAAACGGAACCACUAACAAUUCAUCGCCCUAUACAAGCAGAGGAAUUCCACAGAAAAACAACCAGGAAGGAAAGGGGAGAAAUGUUCUAGCAUGGGGUCUUGGUGUUCCGUUCUUUAUCCUUGCCGUCAUUUUACCGAUCCUUUACUUUGCUAGCAGACGAUUCUCAGGCCGGAAAAACCAAUACGACGUCAAAUAUUACAAUACCGGAUAUAAGUUGCAGAAAAACGAUCUUGCCGCUACGAAAACCGAAGGUUUAAAAGGAAAGCCUACGAUCAUACGUCAGUAUCAAAAUGGUAUCACGUCUAACGGCACCCACUCGCAAAAUGGGAGUGGCGCUGUUUUUUUAAACGGACAAAAAAAAGGUAGUACUCACGGAGAUCAGCUAAAAGUCAUUCAUCUCACGUCCGGGAAGGCAGACAAUAGUGACACAUCUCGUGACGAAAAGUAUGUACUGCUUUACCCGCCGGAAGUUGAUGAACUCUACGAGCAAAGUAGAUAAUAAAUAUGGGAUGCAUCAAAAAAAAUGCAAAGCAAAUAUAUAUUAUAAUAUCGCCUGUAAAGAAAGCCUUAUAUUUAAAAAAAAAUCUUAUGGAAAUGAAUUGAACUUGAUCAAAAUCAAGAAGUCAUGUCGACAAAUAAUACAAAGACUCAUUUUUAAAAGCUAACUCUUAUCUUUUAACAUAUUUGAUUAUUUUACCAAAUUUUAGUCAUUAUUUUAAUAGUAUCUUAUGAAGUUUUACCACAAUUUUUUUUUAAAUAUCGAGUAUGUUUAGAAAUGUUUGAUCUCAAGGUAUUUAAGGGGGUCAAAUUAUUUUUAUUUUAUUUCAAAAAAAAUUUGCUACUAUUUAUAACGUUUUUUUACCCUAUAAUUUAUAAAAAAAAUUUAUUAUUCACAAUUAUUAUAAAUGUAAAAUUUUUAAUGAAAAAAUUAAUUAUUUUGUAAUUUAAAUAUUUACAGCCACUUUUACAAUUAUUUGAAAAGAAAAAAUUAUUUUCAUUGCUGGUUGCCACGUACUCUGGUGGUCAGCAAACUAAUUUUAUAAGCUGAUCAUAUCACUUUUUAGGAACCAUAAAUAGAACUUGAAAUAUUAAAUUAAAAUAUUAAAUUUCUGAUAUUAGAUAUCAAAACAAUGCCGUUACUCUACUAACUGCAAAAAAUGAGAAUAAUUUUUUCCGUUCGGAAAUUUUUGUAUAUAUUAUUUUUUUUAUCCAACUUCAAUUUGAAAAUA